AUGGAGACUCCUUGCUCGCGGUCAGGCGAUUCCAUUGAGAACUCACACCUUGACAUCAUUACAAUUCCAUACCGUGGAUACUCCUUAUUUACAGCAUCUCCGUAUCUUGUCAUGUCUUCUAUGAUAGACUCGAACCAAUAUCGCGAGGAAUGUUCUCGCUAUGACUCGAGGUAUCUCAACACAACUUCGCCCCCAUGGAUCUCGUUAUCAAAAGAUAUGCAAGCUUCGAUCAAAAAGGAGUUCGAGUACAUGUUCUUCGAGGGAACAGCUUUAUAUCUGCACUCGGUAGAUGACUACGUCGCUGGAUGGUAUGCAACUUGGGAACUUCCAGUCGCCAGAUAUCGUCAACCGGCACAGGUCAAUAUUGAUCAAGACGAAAUAUUCAAAUUCUUUAAUAAGGAGAUUGCGAUAUAUAUUGAUACAGCUACUGUUGAGGAAAUGGACUUGGGCUACCUGGGUCGAUACUUAUACCGUGCAGGGCUGCACUUGUAUCAAGGACGUCCGCCAUUCCAACGUGGAGGCUUCUUUGCAAAGCCCAUUCGAAUUUCCAAGAAACUCACUGGAUAUUUAAAUGCUCUGCCAUCAUUCCACAGAGAUCUGACAGAUACCCUUUCUGUGCAUCUUCACGAUCUUGCGCAAUUUGAACAAGGCGGAGAACACUCAACGAUUACUCCACAGCCAGUCAACCCAUCAGUGCAAUCUUUCAGGGAGCAUGGAUAUCUAAUGUGA